UCCAAGUCUACUUACAAGUGCUUGGAAAGGUACUUCCUUGGUUUUUUGCGAUGAACUUGUCUAACUACUCUAGAUGGUUGCCAGUACAUGUGAGAGAUCUCUUACGAUUAGAGAAAACGCAUCCUACUCUUUUUACAGAGUUUAGUGCACAUGGAAAAUUUGUGGUUCAGAAGUCCCAACAUCGUUUUUCUAUGAUGUCCCUUGACCAAAACCACGAGCAAGAGAACGAAAUGAUAAAAGGUGAUGGUGGAGCAGUGGGCCUCACCGAGUGCCCAACGGCCCUAAGACGUUGGAUGAUCGCAGGACCUGAAAUUGCAAGACUGGUAAGAGAGUUUGAGUGUUCCUUUGGCGUUCAGUGUUCUACAAAGAACAUUACUCACCACGAACAGACACCAUCUGUCCAAAAGAACUUUGCAAAAGAUGUAAAAUCAAUGUCUGCUGCAUUAAAGGAGUUUGGAAACCCCUUUAUGGAAAAUAGCAAGGAUCUGAUUGUCGUAGAUACGAAAGAAAUAGAGCCUGAGUGUGUUAUAGAGUCGAUUUAUACAGCUCGAAAGAUCGGAGAAGCACAAUACACUAAGUACGUCGAAGAGAGACUUGAAAAGUGUAACACACCAAUAACUGACACAAUUGAACGCAAUAAGCUUCCACUUUUUGGAACAUCAGUACCAACGACAACCAACAAGACGAAACUUCAAGUCACAACAUUAAAGAAUGACUGCAAUCUUUUUGCAAGGUUGUACAUUGCUUGUCAGUCAAGAGAAGGGAAUCUCCAAGAAUUUUUUAAGCAUGAAAACCAGAGUACUCCUCCUUCAUUAUCAUCAGGGGACAAGAUGCGAAGUGGCCAGAAAUCAGAAUUGAUUGAUUGUCUCGAAGCUGAUGUGCAGACCACCUGUCCAAAUGUUGAUGUCAAAAUCUUGGAUGCCGCAGCUAUUGUAAACAUGCUUAGCCCAGGGAAGUGUAAGACCUUUCAAGAAUACUCCAAAUCAGUGUUUGUUCCUUAUAUUGUUCAACAAGCAAAUGGUAUUAGAAGAAUAGAUCUUGUUUGGGACCGUUAUAUACCCGACAGCCUUAAGCAGGGUACUCGUUCAUCGCGAGGCGCUGUAGGGGCAAGAAGAAGAGUAUGUGACAUGGCUGUGAUCCCUGCAAACUGGAAAUCAUUAAGAUCAGAUGACAACAAACAAGAACUUUUCAAGUACCUCAGUCAGGCAGCAACAUCGAUUCAACUGCCAAAUGUUACAAUUGUAAGCACUUUUGAGGAAGACAUAAUAAGUUCGAAGCCAAGAAAAGAUGAGUUAGCUCCCUGCAAUCACGAGGAGGCCGAUACGCGCAUUUUCAUUCAUGCAAACCAUGCAGCGAAAGGUGGAAUGAGGAAAAUUGUCAUAAGAACUGUAGACACAGAUGUUGUUGUGUUAGCAAUAGCAAACGUGCACAAGUUAGAUGUAGAUGAACUUUGGAUUGCUUUUGGUGUUGGUAAACACAUGAGGUACUUACCAAUUCAUAACAUUACACAAAGCUCGUUGAGUAGGGAGCAAUGUGAAGCCCUACCCUUCUUUCAUGCUGUCACUGGUUGUGAUACUGUGUCGUUCUUUGCUGGAAAAGGUAAAAAGACUGCAUUUCAAGCCUGGAAGUCUUUUCCUGAUGUUACCAGUGUGUUUCAGCUUCUUUCAUCUCCAAAAGAAUCCAUCUCAGAAGAAGAAAUGGAAAAAUUGAAAGAUUUAUCAUUAUUAUGUAUUCCCGCACAUGCCCGCUCUCCAACAUCAAUGAUGCUAGACAAGCUAUAUUUGCACAAGGUCUUAUACUCCGGACUAAUGCAAACAUUUGCCAAGGUAAUGAAUAUGCCUCCUCCACCCACUCGAAAGAACUUCACGAAGAUUCAGAACAAACAACUUUUCCCAAUAAUCGAACAACUGGCAAACGAUAGCAUGACAACAAAUGCAUUUAAAGUGAAAGAAGCAUGUGGAAAUGAUGAAGGAGAAUGUGGAAUAUCCCUGGAUGGAACAUGGCAGAAAAGAGGUCAUGCGUCACACAAUGGUGUGGUUACUGCUAUUUCUCUAUCCACAAAGAAAUGUGUUGAUGUGGAAGUUCUUUCAGAUAAAUGUAAAGAGUGUCAAAAAUGGAAAAAGAAACAAAGUGAUCCAAGGUAUGAAGUGUGGAAAGCCAACCACCUCUGCAAAAUUAAUCACUCUGGUAGUUCCAACAGUAUGGAAACAGUUGGAGCAGUUAGAAUUUUGAAAGAUCAGUGGCGACACGAGGACUAA